AUUGUCUUGUCCGUGAAGACGAGGAGUGAUAGCGGGGGCAGCGCGGCCGCGGAGCGGCGGCACCGGCGGCGGGAGGCGGGGGAGCGCUUGAAAUAUAGACUAUAUAAAGACUUAAAAGAUGUGGGAUCAAGGUGGACAACCUUGGCAGCAAUGGCCUUUGAACCAACAGCAGUGGAUGCAGUCAUUUCAGCACCAGCAAGAUCCAAGCCAGAUUGACUGGGCUGCACUAGCUCAAGCAUGGAUUGCUCAGCGAGAAGCCUCAGGGCAACAGAAUGUAGUGGAACAACAAGGAAUGAUGCCAAACGGACAGGAUAUUUCAGGAAUAGAGUCUGGUCCAAACAACCAUAAUAAUUUUCAGGGGGAUCCCAAUUUCAACAGAAUGUGGCAGCCAGAAUGGGGAAUGCCUCACCAACCCCCUCACCCACCUCCAGAUCAGCAGUGGAUGACUCCAACCCCAGGUCAAAUGGAAAUUGUUCCUCCGUCUGAAGACAGCAACAGUCAGGACAGUGGGGAAUUUACUCCUGACAACAGGCAUAUUUUUAACCAGAACAAUCACAACUUUGGGGGACCUCCCGAUAACUUUGCAAUGGGGCCAGUGAACCAGUUUGACUAUCAGCAUGGGGCUGCUUUUGGUCCACCUCAAGGUGGAUUUCAUCCACCUUAUUGGCAGCCAGGACCACCAGGGCCACCAGGUCCUCCAGCACCUCCUGCACCUACUCAAAAUCGAAGGGAAAGACCCUCAUUCAGAGAUCGACAACGUUCACCUAUUGCGAUGCCUGUGAAGCAGGAGCCUCCCCAGAUUGAUGCUGUGAAGCGUAGAACUCUGCCUGCCUGGAUUCGUGAGGGCCUGGAAAAGAUGGAAAGAGAAAAACAGAAAAAAUUGGAGAAAGAGAGAAUGGAACAGCAACGUUCACAGAUGUCUAAAAAAGAGAAAAAGGAAAAUGAGGAGGCUGAAGAAGGGGAUGGCCCACGGUUGCCUCAGAGAAGUAAAUUUGACAGUGAUGAGGAAGAAGAAGAUGCUGAAAACACAGAAGCUGUAAGUGUUGGGAAAAUCAGCAGGAGUCCAUCCCCAGCUCCUCAAGAGGAGCAAAGUGAACCAGAAAUGACAGAAGAAGAAAAGGAGUAUCAAAUGAUGAUGCUGACAAAAAUGCUGCUGACAGAGAUUCUCCUAGAUGUCACAAAUGAAGAAAUCUAUUAUGUGGCCAAAGAUGUUCACCGUAAAGCAACUAAAGCUCCUGCAAAACAGCUGGCACAGUCCAGUGCACUGGCUUCCCUCACUGGACUCGGUGGACUGGGUGGUUAUGGAUCAGGAGACAGUGAAGAUGAGAGGAGUGACAGAGGCUCUGAAUCAUCUGAUACUGAUGAUGAGGAAUUGCGACACAGAAUAAGGCAAAAACAGGAAGCGUUUUGGAGAAAAGAGAGAGAACAGCAACUACUACUAGAAAAACAACUAGAAGAAGAAAAGCUACAAAAUGAAAAAAAUUCAAAAGAGAUGAAUGAAUUUAUCAACAAAGAACAAAAUAGUAACUUAGCAUCACAGGAGCAAAAGAAAUUGAAGCAGAUAUGGUUCAUGAAAAGAAGAGAUCUCCAAAUGCAAUCGCACCUGAUGUAGAACUCAAGAAAGAGGGUAAAGAGAGGGCAGGAAGGAGUGGGUCAAGAAGCUCUAGCAGUGGUAGCAGCAGCAGCAAUAGCAGGAGCAGCAGCAGUAGCAGCACAGUAUCCAGUUCAUCGUAUAGCACUAGCUCAGGUAGCAGUCGCAGCACUUCACGCUCUUCCUCUCCCAAAAGGAAGAAGAGACACAGUCGCAGUAGGACGCCGUCACACAAAGUUAGGCGCAGUAGAAGCAGGAGUUACUCCCAUAGAAACAGGAGAGAGAGGAGUAGGAGCAGGGAGAAAAUAAGGGAAAGGAGAAGAUCUAGUAGAAAUCACAGUGCUGAAAGAGGGGAGAGGCGGAGAAAUCGGAGUCCUUCGAGAGAGAGAAGCUGGGAUAGACGUAGAAGCGGCAGCCGCUCAAGAGACCGGCGAGCCAACCGUGCAAGCCGCAGCAGGAGCAGGGACAGAUGUAAAGCCGAAGACCAGCGUAGAAGCCCUACUGGAAAUAGGCACAAACAUAAAAGUGAGGGUAAAGAUCAAGAAAGGAAGAAGGAGCAGGGUGGAGGUGUAGAUAAAGACAAAAAAAAGAACAGAGAAAGGGAGAGAGAUCAGGAAAAAAGAAAAGAUAAGCCCAAAAAAGAGGAAAAAGAAAGUAAGGCUGGCAAUCAUGACGACAGUAGAUUAAAGAGAAAAAGAGACAGCGAAAGAACUUUCUCUCGCAGUGAUUCUAUAUGUGUGAAAAUAAUAAGACAGGAUUCCAGACAAGAAAGCAAAAAAAUUACUACC